AUGGCUGACCUGGCCAUCGGGUUAGCACACGGCGCGGUAGACUCGCUACUGGGACGCCUCACCAGGCUCAUUGAAGACGAGGCAAGGCUGCUGAGCGGCGUCCACAGCAACGUCCAGUACAUCAAGGACGAGAUGGAGAGUGUUUAUGGAUUCCUCCUCAAUUUCGUUGAUGGCGACUGCACGGACCCGCAAAUGGAAGUGUGGACGAAGCAGGUUAGGGAAGUCGCCCGUGAGUGCCAAAACUGCGUCGACAUCUACGUUCACAAACAAGGUCCUGCUGCCGGUAAAUUUAAAAUUGGAGAUUGUAUCCGUACAAUGAUGCACAGUUCUCCUCAGUUUUCUCCUCGGUCAGAAAUUCCCCUCAGGAUGCUGCCGAACCGGCACAGGCUCGCCACAAAAAUCAAGGAGCUCAAAGCAAGGGCUCAAGAGGUGAGCGAAAGGCGCGUUAGGUACGGCAUCCGCGAUCCUACUGCUCGGAUGAGGAGGGAGAAUCAACUUCAGGAAGUUGGGGAGGACACCAACGGGAAGGAAGACCCCAGGAGCCUGCAUUUGUUAGGCGAAGAAGAUGAGUGCCCAGCUGAGAUUUUUGAGGGUGAUAUGAAGAUUCUGGUAUCUUGGUUAAUUGAGCAAGAGACACAAACGGAUAUGCUGGUGGCCAAGCAAUGGACUGGGCCAGAAGGUGAGGUGCCAUCACAGGAAAUUCCCAUGGGGGAGUGGACAGAGAGCAAGGCCGACUCAGUUUCAGAUGCGGGAACGUCUUGGCAGGGGAGGAGCAAGAGGAGGCCAGGUGUGGCAACAGUGGCCUCAAAGAGAUUGAUGUUGCGCUCGAUGUCCAGAAAGAAGAUCCUAGGCCUCAAAGAGCAGCCGGCUCAGCUACAAGACAAGAUGCGACAGCAGGAUUUUCAGCUGGGAUGUAUUACAGGGUCAAGAGACAAGAUGCCACAGGAGAAUUUUCAGCUGGGGUGUAUCACGGCAUCAAGAGACAAGAUGCCACGGCAGGAUUUUCCGCUGGGGUUUAUCAUAGGGUCAAGAGACAAGAAAUCAGGUCCCAAGGUCAUCUCAGUUGUGCAACAGCGAUCAUGUGAUCACAAUCAGAAUUAUGCACGGAAAGUGUAUGAACACAGUCAGAUAAAGCAUUUCUUCGAUUUCACAUGUUGGGUGACGGUCGGGGAAACUCACGUCGAAUGGGUAUUUGAUGACAUACUCAAAUCCAUGGCAUCUCACAAGACGGGUUUGAGAGGUUGGCAACAAACCAAGUAUUUAGUCGUUCUUGAUGAUGUCUGUGAUGAAUCACUAUACCGCCAAAUCAUAUCUAGAUUCCCUUGUACUGCUGCUGGUGGUCAUUCUGCAGUUCUAGUGAUCACCCACUCAUAUGCUCUAGCCCGUUCCUGCUCUCCAAAUAUCUUCCCGCCUCUAGAGCCUCUUGUCAAGUUCUUCUUUGGCAAAGCGGGUUGCCUUGUUGAGAAUAAUCCCAACAAUUACACCCUGAAGCAAGUCAUUUGUUCCAUUUUGUCAAAAUGUGCACCCAGUCUCUUGUGCCUCAAGGCAUUCUUACAUGUUCUCUAUGUCAAUCCUAUGAGGAACAUAGAAGAGCUUCAGAGCCUCUGCAACGACCUAACCAGUGACUCUCCUGGCAAUAUUCGGCACGUCUUAAUGUUCUGGUACAACAGCCUUCCACUCCAUUACAAGAACUGUUUGAUCUAUCUAUCUAUCUUCCCCCAAAAUGAUGGCAAUAUCAGAAGAACGAGCUUAGUCAGGCGAUGGGCAGCUGAGAACCAGAUCACCGGGAGAAACGGGUCAGCUGCACAGGAUGAAGCUGAGCGCUGCUUCAAUGUGCUUCUUGCAAAAAGAUUUCUUCUUCCCAGGGGCAUUGGUGCUGCAGGGAAGGUCAAGAGCUGCAGAUUAAAUGGUUUGAUAUCAAAGUUCAUCAGCGAUUUUGCCAGUGAAGAGCAGUUCGUGGAUGCAGAUCUCCAGCCGGAUUUCGGUUGCCGGAUAUCCAUUCAAAAUAGAAGGCAAGUGCAACAAGUCUUAGGGACAAUUCAGGCAUCUCGUCCCAGCUCCAGUCGGAACAUUCGCAAGCACUCAACUAAUAAUGAAGAUGGUCAAACCUUGGACGACCUUACCAAGUUCCUUGAAAGACUGCCCUCAUUUGCUCGGCUGGGGUUGCUUAGAGUCCUGGAUCUCGAAGGCUUUGAUGGUUUGCAGGAUCACCAUGUGGGCAACAUCUGUGAGAUAUUUCAACUAAGAUAUCUGAACCUUCGGAGGACUAAGAUUACCAAACUGCCCAGGGAGAUAAAGAAUCUUCAGCAGCUGGAAACACUGGACAUUCGUGAAACAGCUGUAAGAUCAUUUGGUAAAAAAGUUGUAGUGCUUCCAAUGCUAAAGAAUAUGCUUGCUGGGUGCACCAAACACCCAAACGAAGACAUGGAGCCAUUUUCCACGGUGUGCAUGCCUCUUGAAAUUGGUAAUAUGACAAAUCUGCAGAUAAUGAGCCAUGUUGAUGUUUUGGGCCAAGAAGAUGAGCUGAUUGAGAUUGGGAGGCUACAACAGCUUAGAAAGUUAGGUGUUGUAUUCCGAAGCAACAUAAAUAAUUUCAGGCACUUACUCCAGGCAAUUGAGAGGCUGAACAAGAGCCUCCUCUCUCUCUCACUCCGUGUGGAAACAACAGAUGACCACGAGAUUACAGACAUUAAUGCAGCAGAGCCUACAGCAUUCUCACCGCCAACAUAUCUUCAGAGCCUAAACCUUUGUGGCGUCAGGGGAGGAUUGCCUCGUUGGAUCAAGGAGCUCCACAAACUUGUAAAGUUAACUCUGUGUGAAACACAUUUGGAAGAAGAAGACAUGGUACCCCUUGGCGAGCUCAGUGGGUUACGCUGUCUCAGGCUCCGGCACAAGUCGUAUGUCCAAACCAAGUUGACCUUUCAGAAAGGAGCAUUCAAAAGUCUUGAGUUUAUUCUGAUAGAAGGAUCAGACAUUACUGACAUCAGCUUCCACGAGAACCCCAAGAUAGAGAAGAUAGUUUGGAACUUCAGAGAGAUGAAAUCAAUUCACGGAAUCAGCCGCCUUCCACGCCUGAACCAUCUUGAGCUUAUUGGCAACUGCAACCUGACUGCUAUCAAAAAAGCACUUUCCACACAUCCAAACCAGCCUGUCGUAACUCACACUGGGCAGGAAAUACACGGUGCGGGCGAAGAUGAGUAG